AUGGGCAAGAUGGCGUGGCAGCCGGAGGAGAAUGGUCUCCGACAAAUCCUUCAGCUGUUGAAAGAGUCACAGUCUCCUGAUACUGCCACACAGAGGAAUGUACAACAAAAACUUGAGGAGUUAAAUAAAUAUCCUGACUUCAACAACUAUUUAAUAUUUGUACUGACCAAGCUGACCACAGAGGAUGACCCGACCCGUUCACUAAGUGGUUUGAUAUUAAAAAACAAUGUAAGAGCCCACUUUGAGAAGUUUCCUCCUGAGGUGACAAACUUCAUUAAACAAGAAUGUCUGAACAGUAUUGGAGACCCAUCUCCACUGAUCCGUGCCACCAUUGGUAUCCUUGUGACCACCAUUGUGGCCAAAGGAGAGCUGAGGAACUGGACAGAACUACUACCGUCCCUGUGUAGCAGUCUUGACUCGGAUGACUAUAAUGUUUGUGAGGGAGCUUUUGGGGCAUUACAGAAGAUCUGUGAGGACACUGCCGAGGACCUUGACAAUGACAGCACUCGACCUCUUAACAUCCUCAUUCCCAAGUUUCUCCAGUUCUUUAAACACAACAGUCCCAAAAUCAGGUCCCAUGCUAUAGCAUGUGUGAAUCAGUUUAUCAUUAGUCGCACUCAGGCCCUAAUGGUGCAUAUCGAUGGUUUCAUCGAGAACCUAUUUUUCCUGGCAACAGAUGAGGACACAGAAGUGAGGAAAAAUGUCUGUCGAGCACUGGUGAUGCUGGUUGAGGUCCGAAUGGACAGGCUAAUACCUCAUAUCAACAGCAUUAUAGAGUACAUGAUGCUGCGAACCCAGGAUGACGACGAUAGUGUGGCAUUGGAGGCAUGCGAAUUUUGGCUUUCGCUGGCCGAACAGCCUAUCUGUAAAGACGUGCUGGCAUCACACAUCGAACGUCUCGUCCCUGUCCUUGUUAAAGGCAUGAAAUAUUCAGAGAUCGACAUUAUACUGCUGAAGGGGGAUGUUGAGGAGGAUGAAAUGGUUCCAGAUAAGGAGUCUGACAUCAAACCUCGUUUCCACAAAUCCCGCACUCACAGCCAGAAACACCAGGACGGUGAGGAGGAUGGGGAGUUGUCAGAUGACGGUUUUGACGAUGAUGAUAGUCUCUCUGAUUGGAAUCUUAGAAAAUGCUCUGCAGCAGCCCUUGAUGUGCUUGCAAAUGUGUUUCGAGAGGAGAUACUGCCCAUUUUGUUGCCAAUCCUGAAAGAGACGCUGUUUCACAAUGACUGGGAUAUCAAAGAAUCUGGUAUUCUGGUGCUAGGAGCUAUUGCAGAGGGCUGCAUGAAUGGGAUGAUCCCACAUCUGCCUGAACUCAUCCCAUAUCUCAUCAGUCGACUGUCAGACAAGAAGGCCCUGGUGCGCUCUAUCACAUGCUGGACACUCAGUCGAUAUGCCCACUGGGUUGUGGGCCAGCCCCAUGAACUGUACCUCAAACCACUCAUGACAGAGCUACUGAAGAGAGUGCUUGACUCCAACAAAAGAGUACAAGAAGCAGCCUGCUCAGCUUUUGCCACCCUAGAAGAAGAGGCUUGUACAGAACUGGUUCCUUAUCUCGGAUUUAUCCUGGAGACGCUAGUCUAUGCUUUCAACAAGUAUCAGCACAAGAACCUGUUGAUUCUGUAUGACGCAAUUGGAACCCUAGCUGAUUCUGUCGGCCAUCACCUUAACAAACCGGACUAUGUCAACAUGCUGAUGCCACCCCUUAUACAGAAGUGGAACGUCUUAAAGGAUGAAGACAAAGAUCUCUUCCCUUUGUUAGAGUGUCUGUCCAGUGUUGCGACAGCCCUUCAGUCUGGUUUCCUGCCCUACUGUGAGCCGGUAUACCGUAGAUGUGUGUCCUUGGUGGAACAGACACUUAACCAGAACUUUAUGAGCAUGUCUCACCCUGACCGAUACGAACCUCCAGACAAGGACUUUAUGAUUGUGGCCCUUGACCUUCUGAGCGGCCUAGCUGAGGGACUGGAACAGCACAUUGAAGCUCUUGUAGCCAACAGUAACAUCCUCAAGUUGCUCUUUCAGUGCAUGCAGGACCCCAUGCCAGAGGUUCGACAGAGCUCAUUUGCACUUCUAGGUGACUUGACCAAGGCCUGUUUUCAGCAUGUCAAACCUUGCAUAGGAGACUUCAUGCCUAUCUUAGGCUCGAACCUAAAUCCUGAAUUUAUCUCCGUGUGUAACAAUGCCACCUGGGCCAUCGGAGAAAUCUCCAUCAAGAUGAUUGCCACGGAGAUGCAGCCUUAUGUUACCCUGGUGUUGGCUCCACUCAUCGACAUCAUUAAUCGACCCAACACUCCAAAAACACUCCUGGAGAACACCGCCAUAACAAUCGGUCGCCUUGGUUUAGUAUGCCCACAAGAGGUGGCGCCUAGUUUACAACAGUUUAUACGGCAGUGGUGUACGUCCCUGCGUAACAUUCGUGAUAAUGAAGAGAAGGACUCCGCUUUCCGUGGCGUGUGUCACAUGAUCAAUGUUAAUCCAGGAGGAGUCGUGCAGGACUUCAUUUUCUUCUGUGAUGCCGUGGCCUCAUGGUCACAACCGAAGGCCGAUCUGAAAGACAUGUUCUACAAGAUCCUACAUGGCUUUAAGAACCAGGUGGGAGAGGAAAACUGGACCAAGUUUUCCGACCAGUUUCCUCAGCCACUGAGGGAACGCCUGGCUGUCCACUACGCAGUGUGAACUGUCUCCAAACAGGCAAGGGGAAAAGGGAAUGUGCUAUCCGGGCAAAUCCUAUGCCCAGGCACACUGGGGCCACACACAAAGGGGUUGGCAUCGCGAAAUGGGAGGGCCAGCUCAGAGGGGGGCCUCUGUAGCCGUCAGCUCGCGGGAUCAGUAGGGCAGGGAGCUAGGGAACAUCCCAGCCAUUCAGCAUGCCCAGCUGUACCGCAGCACCAAUGUAUCCAUCGCGGAGGGAGGGUCGCGUCAAGGGGAGGGCUAUGUCGAGUAUUUAUACAUCAUAUUACAGUACAUCCGUGUCCGACAGAUUUGUCACCGGGAUUGUUAGGUAACUGUGGUUUCAGUAGAGUAUUGCAUGGCCAGACAGAGUUUUGUGAUACUCCUAGAGACCCAUGUCCAGUACAUGUCAUAGCAUCAGUAUUUUUCUUCUGAAGUUUAGCAGUAGAGUAAAACUUAAAGAGGGCAUAGGAACCUUCUGCAGCUGAUUGUGUCUCGUCUAAGAGGACUCUAAAAUCACUUGUUUUUCUCUAUUUUCAGCAUUGGACUGAAUUUGAAUAACUGUUAUAUCAGCUGUUUAUUAGGGAGUGUUUUUUGUUGCUCCUCAAUCAGUUGAAAAGCAACUGUUUAAAUGAGAGUUUCAAAAUGAUUAUUACCUUUAAGAAAAUUGAUUUCCUUGUUCCAAAUUAAAAGUCUUCUUUCGAUGAACAUGAUGAGCUUGGAGACCUAGCGCUUUUGUUGAUAGCUUGCAGACUGCAUUCUCAUUUUGUUAGUGUCAUCCUGUGUACAUGUGCAGGAUCUGGCUGUCUCACUGACACCUUGACAUAUUUCUGUCUAUUUAUCCUCAAAAAAGUACCCUUUAUUAUCCAGAUGAUUUUUAACAAAUAAUUAAACAAAUAUCACCGUCUUUUUGAAAUGUUUGAUGUAUUAGCGCAUGAAAAUACGAGAUCUAAAUAUUCAGUUGUGUGAAAAAUGGAUGGUUUGUUAGAUAUGAAACGCAUUUUGUCUUUAUGAAGCAAAUCUUCAGGAACAUUUAGUUUAUAACAUUUGAAAAAAAAAUUGCUGAAUUUCAGAAGACCUAAAAAUGUUGAACCAUAUCUCCAAUUUUGUUUCCUUUUCAUAAAAUCACAAAUUGUAAUUUUGAAGAGUAAAAAAUGAAAUUAAUGAUGAGAAGACGUAAUGAUGCUUUCAUUUCCGUUAAAGAGACCAGUUGAAUGAAGUUUUAAUAUGCAGAUAACUCAUUUGCUGUUUCGUAGUAAGUAGUCUAGGAGAAAAUGUCCUACAACUGGUAAAUGAAGUUGUGUGUCACCUGUCAUGUCAAUGUGUGUUGACUAUUAAAACCUGGGCUGUCCAGGUCACUAUUCUGUCCUUUCUACUCUGUCCAUCUUCAGACCGGUCACUCAUUGACCGAUCAUCUACAAUGCUAAUAUAACCGCUACUGUCACUGAUUGUACACGCUACCUAAACCCAACAUAAGCGACUUGAUAUAGGAGAAAAUUCUGCCCAAUGAAGGAGGAGAUGUUUCGAUGCUCCUGGGACUGGGGGCAGAAUAUUAGCAGGAGUUAAAAGUUAAUCAAGCCCUGCAUCCACCACGCUCGAAGCGUUAGACGUACAUAUGUACUUAAGGUGAAUACCACCUUUCUAUGAAAGUUCAUGAUAGUUCUGUGUCCUACAGCACCACCAGUAGAGGUCGGACCUGGACUGGUCGACCGACAACAUACAGAACUAUUCUUAGCCUCUGAUGAACUUUGUAAAUAACACAAUGAAGCCGUGAAAUAUGUGUUUAAUAACAACGUACACAACUCACACAUGCUUCAAUUUCAGUUCCGAAGUCACAUGACUUUUUGUCACCAAAGAUCGUAAUUGGGAUCACUGAACAAUUCCAAUGAAUAUGUGGAAGCACAAUUUUAGUGGGUAUUUUUAAAAUGUGAUAUUUUGUAUAUAUAUUUGUAAAUGAUAGGUAUUUUUUUAUUUAUUUAUGUUUGAUGGACUAAGAAAAGAAAUGGGGCUGUGGAGUCAUGGAUUGGGUUAAUUAUGGAAUACAAAAGUAAUUGAGAUAGAGAAUUGAUCAGUGAAGUGUACGUUCUAGUUCUGUCCUUUUUUUUCUACAAGUGUUACACCAAAUGACAAGAAAAUUGUACAAUGAUCCCAAUUACAGAUUAGCUUCUGGAGCUUGUAAACGAGGUGUUGCCGGCCUUGUGUACUACAGGAGUUCCCGACAGCCGCACACCUUAGCAGGUCCUUGUGUAUUGCAAUCUGUGAUCUACUAUAGGUGUUUUUAACGUGUGAUGUUAUUAUAAUCUGGGAAUUUUUUUAUUAUUAUUUUUUUUUUUUUUUUUUGAAGUUAUAUUAUUAUUAUUGUUGUUGUAUUUUUGAUUUUAUGAUAGGUGUUUUGUAAGUCUUUCAAUUGUAUGCUGUUAGAUGCAGUUAUUAUUAUAUAGUAAGUAACUUAAAGAGUGCAAACAUCCAUUCUAAUGAGAAGUAUUGUUAUAAUAAAGAAAAUAAUGAGAAGGGUUUUAUUUUAUUUUUUUCUUUUUACAUUAUUUAUGAUUAUAAAUAGUAAAUAAAUUAUUUUGUAAUAAAAUGUAUUGUAGGAUAUUUUUCAGUCUGCUCCAAGUUCUUUAACCACGUACGUAGUUUCUGUAAUGUUGUCGUGUGAACCUUUGUGCAGUAAUGUAAUAAACACAUUUCCAUUUAUUUAAGGGGACAGUUCUUGAUCUGAAGCCGUAAUUCACUGCAUUAAUUUUUCUGAUCAAUUUUAGACUUGACAUCAUUAUUUGUUAUUAAGCUACUAGAUUUGGACAUCUGUGCUAACAUUAUCUACACCAUAUGUACAUACUAUAAGAGUUUUAAAUCUGCAUGCAUGGAAUUAAAAUGUAACAACUUUAAAA